AUGGAGGAAAGCGCGACUGAAAGCUCGGGCCCGGAGACGUUUGCCCGCAGGACACAAAACAGAAGCACCUCCGGAGCUGGUCCAGCUGGGCGGUCAGAGUUCGAGGACGACCCCCUCCUCCCAACAUCGACCUGUUUUUGUACCAUAUCUGCAGGCUAAAAUGACCUGACAGCGCUUGAUGCAUUUGCUGCCUGGCACAUAAGCGAUCUGAAAACGCUGAGCUAUUUCUGCUGAUGUUAAUUUGCUCUGUGUUAGGGCCUCGGUUCACAGCUCGGUCAGCCUUCCCUGAUACUAUAUUCCCGUUUGUUUCAGUAAAGGUUCUCCCGUCACAUCGCAUUUAGGUCGAGAUGCCUGUGAACUGUGAAUGCACCGCGCACAGGGACCCGGCCACGCUGAGGCUGCUGGGUCCUAGAGCCGGCCCUGUUCAGGAUGGAGGAUCUGGAUAUGCUGUGGAGAGAGUGGAUGAUUUCUAAGUUUCCCUGCAUGGAUGAAAAAGUAGAGAUACAAACAGUUAUGAAGAAGAUUUUUUUUUAAUUUUUAGAGGCAUUUAAAGCGAAAUCAAAAGCAAUCAUCGCUUGUAUUCCACUUGACUAAGUCGUCUCUAAAGCGGUUUGAAUUUUUUAACAUCAAUGAAAAAUUAACAAGCUGUAGCAUGCGAUCAAACAUAUGAAUUUCCAUAUGAGAUUUCUACAGCGCUGAAAAUUUAUAAUUUAAGCAAAUUUUUUAAAUUUAUUUACAAAAUAGUGUGUAAAAAAUACAAAAUAUUGCACAAAAAAUGCUAAAAAUGUCAUUAUUUAAAAAAAAAAAAUCUGUUUUCUGAAUGCAACUCUUUAAAAAUUGUAGCUUUCACAGAAUAAAAUGUUAUAAAUUACCUGAUUUGUGCAGCUCUAUCCCCUAUACAGCAGCAGACGACCCAAGUGUGUGUGUGUGUCCUCUAAGAAAAAGCACCCGCGCGUCCCGUCUUUAUACGUCCCCCUCCUCGAUGGAUGGGCAUGCUGAUCCUUUCAUUCUUCUUAUCACUGAUUUCAUGAAUAAUUCAUCUCUCUAUCAGAACCACUACUGCGCUCCCUAAUUGCUGCCUUUUUUUUAAAACUGUCAUCAUCAUUAUUAUUGUUAUUAUUCCUAUCUCCUGUGCGUACUGUUAAACAUGAAAUUAAAUUAAUGUGAUGCUGAGAAAAAUGUUCCUCUAAUAGCCCUGCAUUAACCCUCUGGUUAAUUUGGAAACAGAUUUAGAGAAAUUAAUUUCAAAUUUGGAUGCAGUUUGUAAGAGGAAGGGGGAAAAAAAACUGCAAACAGCUAAUUUAAGUAGUAAUUUGUUUAAUUGAUCAAUUUGUUUUCCAGUGGGGGGAGCUUAUAUUUUUUUUUUUACAAAGUAGUCAAAUAGAGAAAAAAAUUAAUAUAAAUUAAAAGACUGAAAAAUGAUUGUAAUGACGUAAUUUUAUUUGCUAUGUUUAGAAAGAAGAAGAGGAUUUUCCUCCCUCUUGUAUAUUUUAAUUUUUUAAUUGAAUCGGCUCUGCAGUCAUGCAUAUGAAACACAAACCCUCACAGAUGCAUUAGUGUUAUAUAUGUAUGUGUGCCUUUAAAACAGCCUGAACAUGAGUGUGUGCUUCACAGUAAAGCAGUUUAACCGAAUUCAUCUUCAGGCGUAUUACUUAUAUAAUUUAAUUCAUGAAGUCAAUAACGGAGAUAAACGUCCUCUUCUGUCCGUCUGUCUUUGAGGUUUUUAUUUUGUCGUCCUCGGUGCCUAAGGUUUAAAUCCAGGUCAGUGUUCCUGAAAUAAAAACAACAUACAAGCGACAUUUAAAAUUGAUGUUACAACUACACUUGCGAGGUCAUGCUAAAAGCCCGCUGCUUCACUUGUGUUCCUUCCACGUGUUCAGGUACGAUACAAACAAGGUACUUGUAGAGCACCUGCAACUUAAAGUGCAGCUUAUUCUUCAUUAAUGAAGGAUAACAGGAAUUCAGCAGAGAAAUCCGUAUAUCUGUAAUAAUCCCUUAUCUAUAAUAAAAGAUAACUCAAGUACUUUUUGUUGUCCGGAACAAAUGCAGGUCCCUGGAUUACACAACAGGACCCUACCAGGAGACUGCUCCCACAUCCGUGACCACAAGAUCUGAACUUUUGCCACAGUGUCAACAGGCAGAGGUGAAACUUUAUUAUUUAUUUUUCCUCGCCACUGUCACUCAUGUUGGAUGAGAUGGGUCAAAUCUGUCCCAUCUUAAGUUUGGGUCUUGGUAAUUCAUCAAACAAUGACUGUGGUUGGAAAGUGUCUUGAGAUGACGACUGUUGUGAUUUGGAGCUAUAUGAAUAAAAUUUGACUGACAAGGUUUAGAUGCCAGGACAAGUUUGGUUGACUUAACUCUAAUCUUUUCAAUUUUUAUAGUUUCUGUGUGUGAAAGUGAGUUUUUAUUUUCCCUUUGGUUUUCUUUUUUCCUUGUAAACCAGCUCACAUGAAAUGUCGAGGACUUUUUCCUACAGCUGAUAUGAUUACAGUUUGCCUCGCAGACUCAGUGAUGCUCGCAGUGAGAGAAAUUUAUACUCCAUGAAACGACAAUAUGGAAACAGGGGAACUGUACAUUUAAUGUUUAAGGUGUAAGAGGACGCGAAAUGGCAAAGAGGGGAUUUGGAAAUCUUCUUCAGGAGGAAAAUUUUGGUUUAAAUCUGAAAAAAAAAAAAUCAUUUAAUAACUGAAAAAAGAGCCAAACUGUACAAAACACCUGUCACUCAUCUACUGGUCGAAGAGCUGUGUCCUCCAUGUAAACAGAUGGGACAUGCUUCAGAUUAAAAAAUCAAAAAUAUUAACAUUUUUAAGUGAUUUUUUAUAAGACAUGAACAGUGACACUCUCUGUAACCCGAACUCUAACCAAAAUCCAGUCACUGAACUGCUGCAGUCCAUGUCUAAGAGCUGUGUCCUCCAUGUAAACAGAUGGGACAUGUGUCAGAUUAAAAAAUCAAAAAUAUUUACAUUUUAAAGUGAAUUUUCAUAAAACAUUAACUGUAACACUCUCUGUAACCCGAACUCUAACUCUGACCCUAACCCUCUAAUCUUUACCCUUACCCUAAAUCCUAACUCAAAACCCCUAACCCUAUCUGAAAUCCAGGUCUAACCUCGACUCUAACCCCUUAACUCCCUAACCCUCUAACUCUAUCCUUUGUAUCUUGGUUUUUAAAACAGAAAGUUCAGUUCAAAGUUGAAACAGUCGUAUCAGCCCGUCUUCUCCGUAAAUUCAGUGAUUUGUCUGGAGCGCUAACUCUCUCCUCCUCUCUUUCUGUUUGUCAGUCUUCCUGUGGAUUUCCUCUGCGCAGCGUUGAACACCGGCCACCUCUGGACACCUCGGUCCCCUCGGGAGCAGGUGAAUAUUAUGUGUUUUGACGCCUGUGUAAAACACUUUUAAUAGUCCAGAUGUGUGAGAGGAUUGAAGACGAAGACCUGCAGUGCUGCUGAAAAGAGGGUGUCGCUGCUCUUAGGUUGGCGUCAGAACGCAUUAAAUUACACCUGCAGCUAUUGAAAAAAAAACCUGUAACCCCUCUCUCUGGUUUUCGACUUCUUUCCCUCUUCAUUUGUCAGGCAGCGGCAGCGGCGGCGGCGGCGGCAGCAGCCAGUUGCCAUGGCAACAGAAGCAGAUGUUGAGGGGUUUCUCCUGUGUGACGGGAUGUGAACUCUUGACCUUUGCCUUUGAAAAAGCAGAAAUGUCAGUAAUGGAUAUGGAUUUAUGAGUGUAUGGGCCGCUGCUGCUGCUGCUGCUGCUGCUGCUGCUGCUGCUGCACUGCCUCUAACGCAGCUUGGCACACCAUAUGCCACUGUUUGCAUUUUUUAUGAUGUGGGGCCGACUUAGCGGCGAGGGUUGAACGGUUUACUCGGCGCACAGGCUCUGGGGCUUUGCAGCGGUUCGUACACAUCCUGUAUAUUGAAACUAUAGAGGAUAAACUGCGCUCUGAGCUCCUCUCUGUGUGACGACACGGACAGUUGUUGAUCUCCAUCCAAGAUAAAUCUCACUUUAGACUAUUGCCGUCUUCAGCAAACACGAGUGAAACGGCCUAACCUGCUACAUGUGACUCACACACAGAGCUGAACUGACUUUAGACCCAGUUUGACAGACUAGGCUGCAUAUAUGCAUUAACAGCUUAGGGGCAUGAAGUGAGUCACAGUAAUGCUACAGUCACCACAAGGCCCACUUCUGCAUGCUCUCCACGGGCUACAACAUGCAGGCUGCAGGCUUUGACACUCGACAAACACAGAGACGAACGUGACUGGUUGUUUUGAGCGACUGUCUCUUUUGGUUUGGCGGUUAUGUCGCUGUUUUUGCAUCAAAGCAACAGCGCGCUCUGUCAUGUAGCACUCGAUGCCGACCGAGCGUCCGAUUGAGCAACCAAAAAUAGCCGCAUGUAUUGUUAAAGCUGGCCUCAGGCUGCAGCAGGAGUGGAAGUUUUCGCCUCUUUAAAGCUCCUGUAAGCGUUUUUUUAUUUUUUAUUUUUUUUUAUUUUUUCAUGGUGACGAAACUCUGAAAUUGAUGCUAGUGACUUUUUAAGACAGAGCUUGACACUAAGGAGCACCCAAAGAACUUUAGGGGCACAAUGAAAAUUGAUCAAAAAAAGAGGUGUGUCUCAUUGGUUGACAUAAGUACUCCUAUUUGAAAUCAAUUUGAGGUCUUUUGGUCACAUGACAUGGAAGAUAUUAAAGAAAAUGUUCAGAAUUUGCCUGUAAAGUUAACAUAAAACAUUUUUUAGAAGACAAAUUAGGGAAAUAAAGAGGUGUGUCUUAUCGUCCGACCUUAGUACAAUUAUUUGAAAUGAAUUUUAGGUCAGUUGGUCACAUGACAUGGAAGCUAUUGAAGGAAAACAGCCUUUUUUGAGAACAUCAAUCGAUAAUUUAUUAACGGUCCCUUAUUCAACACCCGACGUGUACUCGCAGUAUUUACAUGAAAAAACAUUUGUUGCCUCAGCUGAUUUUUUUAUGUGCACAUGUGCCCCUAAAUACAUUUUACAAUUCACACACAUCUACUUUUAGUCGUAAACGCGAGUGAAAUGGUCGCACUGUCGAGCCCUGUACAGUAAGAGCAGAAAAAUCAGUCAGCGGCAAGAUUGACCGUUUAUUUAUUAUUAGUGCUUAAAACUUUCACUGUGGAUGAGUGGGGGGCGCCAAAACAAGCACAAACCAAGAGUUUGUUGGUUAGGGGCUACCAUAGACUGUACAUAGAAUGGACAGCAUCUGCCUCUUCGCUGGGUGAAGCCACUCUAAGAACAGCACCCUCUGGUGACAGGCUGCAGUAUAGGUCAUAAAUCCCGCCUCCUCCAGCAAUCCCUAUGGAGCUAUGUGCAAAUUUUACAAAUUAAUUACACAGAAUAUAAAUUUUUCUCCCCCUGGUUGUGAUGUUGACAUGUAGUUCUUGUAAGACUGAUUUGUGCUCAAGUCCUCUUUUUUCUAUGAAGCUCCAUUUUUAAAAGUUAUUAGGGGGUUCAUGUUUUCUAUGAUUGACACCUGAUACAGCCUAUGGGUCUAUGAAGAUUGCAUAGCUCACCCGGGGGAUACGCUGUUUGAGCCGAGCGUCAUCACAGCGACUUUGGCAACUCUCUCACCAAAUGCGUACAACGCUACUGCGCAAUGUUGGUUUCAGGAAAUUAAGAAAAAUCACAGGAUUGCCGAGAGCUCUUCGGCUUCAAAUUCGUAUACUGGCGGAAGGCGGAACUAAGUUGUCCAUAGUAUAUACAGUCUAUACGUGAGGCGCACUAACCCGCUCAGCCAUCUGCGCGUCCAGACGCUGGUGUCUUUAUUAGUGCUUAAACUUUCACAGUGGAGGAGAUGCAAUGAGAAAAAGAUUCUGCUUUGUCCACAAGGGGGCGCCAAAACAAGCACAAACCAAGAGUUUGUUGGUUAGGGGCGACAAAAACCUGUUUAAAAGGGGGCACCACAGGCUUAACAGUUAAAGCACAUGCCCCAUAAAUGGAGGUUUUGUCCUUACUGCAGCUACUUCCCCAAAAUACUCCCCACUUUUUCUACCAAUUUCAUGAUAUUAACCCCAAAAUAAAACUUAAAGCUCCUCUGUUUGUGUCAUUUAUCUUGUUAGCUGCUCUACUUCAGCUCCCAGUCCUCAUUCAUACAGUACUCUGGUUAUUUAGGCCACCCCUCACUUGUACCCCCCAUUUUUAAUCACACACUUGACCUGAGCGAAAAACAGCCACUUCCAAGAUCGACUUCAUUAUACAUACACAAUUAAUCUUUAAUCUGCUCCUCACCUCCACCCAGAGCUGUGAUUCCCGCUCUCUGCCGGCCCAUCAAACUUUCAUGAGGGUAAUGGAGAUAAACCUGAGACGGAAUAACAGUUCCUGCCGUACGAUCCCAGAGGAAAGGUGAAAGAAAACAAGAUUUCCAAGGUGUGUUACAAGGUGCCAGACGGCUUUCCUGGAUUAGCUUUCGCAUCCAAAUGUGCAGCCGGGACGAGAGAUUGAACGGUAUUGAGUUUAAGUGUUUUUCAAUAGAAUAUUCUACGGGUGCCUGGAGGGGGAGCACAGUGUGUGUUUGUCGUGUGUAUCCUGCACAAACUUGAACAUUUUGAACCCAAACGCGGUGCAGCUUGUUCUUUUUUGUUAUCAAGAGAUUAAGAAAGUAAGAAGUUUAGAUGAGGUAACAAGAAAACUCUCUUGUUCACGGUGUGUGUCUCUGCAGAAAUUUGUGUGCCUAUUAAGUUGUAAUUCCCCGCUUGUCGUUCGUACGAAUCUUUUUUGUCAGUCUUAUAUAACGCAGCUUGGAUAAGGUGAAAAAAACGUCCAAGGAUCUGCUGGAUCAGGCUCUCUCUCUCUCUCCCUCUCUCUCUCUGUGUGUCAGUGCACAUGACGAGACAGCGUUAAAAGCAGAAAAAAAAAAUCCGACAUGUAAAAAAAAGAGGCGCAGCAUGAUGGAAAUACAUGAAAAUAAACACCGCCCAGGGGUGUACAUUCAUGCAUGCAUGCAUAUGUGCAGCGUAUACAUCUGCAUGCGAUAAAUAAUAAGCCAAACACUGCAGAGAGAGAGCGGAGAGUACACGGUGUACAGAUGGGACUCUGUGUUCCCCACCAGAGGGCGCUCAUCCUCAGUGAACUUUUGACCCCCGCUGCCGGGCAUCCAGAGAAUCUCUCAGCUGUGAUUACGUGAUCCACUUUGAUUAAUUGGGCAGAUAUGAUGGUACACACUGACUCGAUGACCCUCCCAAUGAGGACAAAGUCCCCCCCCUUACACGCUGCGCUACAAGGACCACUACAAGGAGCAAAAGCGAACAGGGGAGUGUGAAGGGAUUCAAAAUGACAAACUAUGAAACGGAGAAGAGAUGAGAAUGUGGGAGGAGGAGAAGAAGGAGGAGAGGAGCUGACAGGAGCGGACAUGGAUGUAAACGUGUUCAUAUGAUGCAGUUCGACAGUUAAAGACAUGUCGUCGGGAGUGAAAGGGGAUUAAAGCUUUCACUCCCUACAGCUGACCUCAGAUCUGCGCAAACACACACUCCUCGUCGCUGUUCCCUGGACUUGACGUCUGUUUAAAGUGAAAGGUUGUCAGUCACAUGACCAAAAGCUGAUUAAAGGUAUCUAAGGUGGCGAAGCAAAAAUAAAGAAAGAAAAGGAACAAGUAUCUGUGAUGGAGCCAAAAAGAGGUCAACUUUAAAGCUCCAGUGAGGGAUUUUUGAUAUUUAUUAAACAGGCUGAAAUUCAUAUUGAUGCCAAAAGCAAAUCAGACCAUCAGCGACUAUAUAGAGAGUUUUUAUGAAUAAUUUUAAUGUCUGAGACACAGAGAUUUGAGGCAGACGAUGCAGAAACUGAACAGAGAGACUUCUCUAACUCUGCGUUCCAGUCAGUGUUGUUUUCGUUUUUCCAUGAAGAAGACGUGACGUUGACGAGCUAAACACAAGUCUUAGAUGACUAAAAUGUGACGAGAGGAAUGUGCGUUUACGAUGACGAGACUAGACGAAAAAAGUUGCGAAAUUCAUGAGCAUUUCGUCAGUCAAACGCUUAACAUGUAUUCUGCAGUAUUGUUUUUGUUGACGAUGACGUUGACGACAUAUUUUCGUUAAUGUCAUCGUCAACGAAAACAAAACUGGUUCUAGUUGUAUAUAGAAGUUGGAAUUUCCGAGCUCCGAGUUGGAAAUUCAUCUGGAACGCCCCUUGAAUUUCUGACUCGGAGAAUCGGACGAUCCUCGCCAACCCUGACUUGACGACAGCAUCAUAACCCAAGAUGGCAGCGUAGUGCGCCAACAGUAAAGAGUAACAGUAAAAGUUCUCGUAAUGUUUUAUUUAUUAGCACUUCUGUUUUGUUUUUGUAAAAUUAAAUAAGUGUUUUUUGUUGUUCUGCCCAAUGUCUAACUGUGAACACGGUGCUGUGGUGUUUGUAGAAUACGAUACGGUGUUUCGCGUUGUUCACAGCUUGUAUCGCUAACAACAACUAACAACAACUGACAACCGCUAACGACAGCUGACAAUUGUAAACAACAGUUAACAACGGCGAACAGUAGGCGUCCAUCUUGUUUUUCCGACUUGUUUACUGGAACGCCGUCAACUCAGGUGUAGCGUCAUUUCCAGCCCCGACAUCCGACUCCUGAGGUAACUGGAACGCAGCAUAAGAACCUCUAAAGACACAGAAAACAGCUAAAAACAGACUCUCAGAUAAAAACAGAGAUUCAACAAGCUUCAACAUCACAGCAGAGUCUUACUCUUUAUGUAAGAUAGAUUAUACACUCUUCCUACAUCUUCCUCGCUCAUCUCUGAUUUGCUCUUUCUCUCUUUUUUCCCCCUUUUGGCUGCCGUCAUACCCUCGUCUUCCUCAUGCAGCUCGUGGUUUAUUCCGUUUUUCGGCCUGCGGGGAUCUGCCACCAUGAGCUGAUCAGAGGACGCUCACCCCUCUCCUCUCACCCUGACCGUCCGCUGAACUUGCAUCACAGCUCCGAAGAGGCCAAUAAGACGGAGAAGCAAAAUGUCAGAGAUGAGGGGGAAAAAAAAGAGGUAAAUCAGAGUUUUUCACAACCUUUCCACGAAUGUUGGACUAUUAUAACCUACUGCUCUACAUCGGGCUGAAUGCUGAGAACAUUCGUAAGAGAUCUGGGCCAAAUUUUUGUUGAAACGAGGACAUACAAAUAUUUCUUUCUCCCCUGUAGUCAUCUCUGUCAAGAAGCAGCUUAAACAUACUCCAGAUGAGAGGUUCAGAGUGUCACAUCCAGGAUUUCAGCAUGUGCCUCCUCAAAGACACCACUGAAUGAAUAAAACCCACAUUUAAAAAAAAAAUUGAAUUAAUUGAAAGUAGUCCCUCUUUUUCUUAAUGUUUUGUGAUGUUUUUUGGUCUAGUGUUGCCUCAGAAAUUGGAGCAAAAUAUUGUCCUGAUGUUUUCUACUAAGUAAGUCCUAAUCUACUCGAAAGUUGCAGGAGUUUCCGCAGAAGUUAGCGUCACAUAAAUACAAAAUUAACGAUUAUUGCUGUUCGCCUCUGCAGGUCGCUGCUCCAGGUGUGUGAGAGCUUCUGAGGAAGGCAGGGGAUUCUGCUACAACAUAUCAAGGUACGUGAAAAGAACAUAUGUCGUAGAUAAAAAUUUCCAAUUAUUUUUAUGAUUUUUUUUAAGCAUAAAAAAGUUUUGAGGGUUUGCUGUUUUCAAGUUAAUAAUAAAAAAAUUCAUGAAAAUAUCAAUAAUUUCUGUACGCUGAGAAAACAGCCUUACUUACUUUACCUGGAGAGAAUAUUCAUUGUGUUUGAUCAAAGACGAGAGGGAGAGAUUUGUUUUUAAUCACUAUCACCACUCUCAUAAGGAUAAGGUAAAAUCAGCAAUUGUUUAAAGGUUACAACUUUGUCCACAGGGGGCGCCAAAGUCAACACUGACAAAAGGUUUCUCAUGGGAGUUUUAAAUGAGAAACCAAUUUAGUGAAAAAUCAGUUUUAGAAUUUUAAUGUUAUGUUUUUUAGUUGUUACUCGUUAAUAAAAAAAAUCACCUUUUUAAUAUUUAAGGAUUUGCAUUUACAAGAAUUUCUGAUACAGUUAUACCUCCUGACCAGUAGGUGGCAGCACAUAGGGAGAAAUGUUUACCCAAGUGGCGGAUGUGGAAUUAAAACCCCCAAACCUUUGCAUUUAGUGGAAAAACAGCUUUUUAAUGGAUGUCCACUGAACUGACCUCCACACACUAAUGAGUUAAUUUGGUCUACACCGUUAUAUAAAGAGACCCAAAUUUAAGUCAAUAUGAGUUAAAUUUGUGGGUAAAAUGUAAGUUAAUAGAGAAAAGUUUUAAACAAAAAAAAUCUACUCCAUCUAUAAAAUCUGUAAAAUGAUAUUAAAUCUAAUAUUUUUGUAUGUCCGUCUUGUUUUUUUGAAUCUUUCUUAACCUCGUUCAAACUCAGGCGGGAGUGUACAUUUCACUCUGCUCAUUUAGCUCAUUCAGGGCCAGGCUGGAUAUGAAUACUCCGAGUUUGAUUUGCAACACGCUCUGGCAGAUGCUCAUCCACGGACCCCAUCAGCCAAUCGCCUCGUCCGUUGCCAGCCUUUCGACCAAUAA